UCGACUGGCCGCGGCUUAGUCCAAGUUCAAUCAGAUCCAGAAUAGCACCAGAGAAUGUUCAAGGUUUUCAUUAUAUUUGCCCUCAUGAUGGGUGUGAGCCUUGCUGCCACGGUUAUCUACCAUCAGCCUGUGAUCUACCACCAUCCUCUGCCGGUGGCUGCCACACCAGAGGAGCUGGCACAACAUCCGGGUUACACCAUAGUGGCACCCCUCACCAAAAUCGCCCAUGUCACCUACGAUUCUGUGCCCAUCUCCCAUACUCCCUACGAGCAUGUUCCCCUUUUCCAGAGGAUUGGUCAUGUGAAGAACAAAAGGUUCUAGUUUUAAGAAUAAAUAUUAAAUUGAUUCUUCCCACAUCUUUAAAAAUUAAAAG